AUGAAGAAUAUCAUGUCCUCUUUGCUCACGUGUCUUCUCUCCCCCAUCGCAGACGUGGGCUCCGUGGAGGGGCUGUCCUACCACCGUGGCUGGGACAUGUUGUACUGGACGAGUUACACCACGUCCACCAUCACACGGCACACGGUGGACCAGGGCCGCUGGGGAGCCGUGGACCGCCACACCGUGGUCACCAUGUCCGGAGACGACCAUCCCAGAGCUUUCGUCCUGGAUGAGUGUCAGGGACUCAUGUUCUGGACCAACUGGAACGAGCAGUCCCCGAGCAUCAUGAGGGCCACUCUGAGCGGAGCCAACGUCAUCAUCAUCAUCGGCUCUGACGUGCGCACGCCCAACGGUCUGGCCAUAGACCACCGCGCAGAGAAGCUGUACUUCAGCGACGCCACGCUGGACAAGAUUGAGCGCUGCGAGUACGACGGCAGCCGCAGAUACGUGGUGUUGAAGAACGAGCCGGUCCACCCCUUCGGCCUGGCGGUCUACGGGGAGUACCUGUUCUGGACCGACUGGGUGCGCAGAGCCGUGCUGAGGGCGGAUAAGUUCACCGGAGCGGAGAUGAAAGUGCUGCGAGCCGACAUCCCCCAGCAGCCAAUGGGGAUCAUCGCCGUGGCCAACGACACCAACAGCUGUGAGUUCUCUCAGUGUCGGGUGAAUAACGGCGGCUGUCAGGACUUGUGUCUGCUCACCUCUGAUGGACGAGUAAACUGCAGUUGCCGUGGAGACAGAAAACUCCUUGAGGACAACACCUGCAUCGCCCUGAACACCACCUGUAACAACAUCGAUGAGUUUGAGUGCGGGAACGGAGACUGCAUCGAGUACAUCCGCACCUGCGACGGCACGCCCCACUGCAAGGACAAGUCCGACGAGAAGCAAUCCUACUGCGCUAACCGUGUGUGUAAGAAGGGUUACCGGCGCUGUGUGAACGGCCGCUGUGUGGGACACGGCUCCUGGUGCAACGGUCAAGACGACUGCGGAGACCGGUCAGACGAGCUCUUCUGCAACACCACUCUGUGCACGGCGGAUCAGUUCCAGUGUCGAGACGGAAGCUGCAUCUCCAACUCCAGCAAAUGUAACCAGAAAGUGGACUGUGACGACGCCAGCGACGAAAUCAAUUGCACUGCCACAGACUGCUCCAGUUACUUCCACCUUGGAGUGAAGGGUGUGAGCUUUCAGAAGUGUGAGUUCACCACGCUCUGCUACGCCCCCUCCUGGCAGUGCGACGGGGCCAACGACUGCGGGGACUUCUCAGACGAGCGCAACUGUCCAGGGAGUGAGAAGAUAAAGUGCCAGGCUCCGUUCUUCGCCUGUCCCAGCGGCCGGUGCAUCCCCAUGAGCUGGACGUGUGACAAGGAGAAGGACUGUGAGGACGGAGCGGACGAGGCGCACUGCGAUAAGUUUUGCUCUGGCUCUCAGUUCGAGUGCGGGAACCACCGCUGCAUCCCGAACCGCUGGGUUUGUGACGGCGCCGACGACUGCGGAGACGCCAGCGACGAGGGCGCCCAGUGCAAGACGAAGACGUGCAGCCCGGACAUGUUCCACUGCCCCGCGUCCCACGUGUGCAUCCCCCAGAAGUGGAAGUGUGACGGGGACAAGGACUGUCCGGACGGAGCCGACGAGAGCGUCAAGGCUGGCUGUGUGUUCAACAACACGUGUGACAACAGCGAGUUCAUGUGUCAGAACCAGCAGUGUAUCCCCAAACACUUUGUGUGUGACCACGACCGCGACUGCGGUGACGGCUCCGAUGAGUCCCCCGAGUGCGAGUACCCGACGUGUGGCCCGCGGGAAUUCCAGUGCGCAAACGGCCGCUGUCUGAUCCAGAGCUCGUGGGAGUGCGACGGAGACUUUGACUGUCACGAUCGUUCUGACGAGGCCCCCAAGAACCCCCGCUGCUCUGGACCCGAAAAGAAGUGCAACGACACGGCCUUCGCCUGUGCCAACGGUCUGUGUGUGAACGAGACGCUGCUCUGUGACCAGAAGGACGACUGCGGCGACGGAUCCGACGAGCUCAACUGUUUCAUCGACGAGUGUUUGAACAGCAAACUCAGCGGCUGCUCCCAGCUCUGCCAGGACCUCAAGGUCGGCUUUAAGUGCAGGUGUCAUCCCGGCUUCAGGCUGAAGGACGAUGGGAAAACGUGUGUGGACAUCGACGAGUGCCUGACGACGUACCCCUGCACCCAGCGCUGCGUGAACACCCACGGGAGCUUCCACUGCCUCUGCGUCGACGGCUUCCAGCUCAGCCCCAGCAACCCCACCAUCUGCAAGUCCACCUCAGAUGAAGAGCCGUACCUCAUCUUUGCGAACCGGUACUACUUACGGAAGCUGAACUUGGACGGUUCCAACUACACUCUCAUCAAACAGGGGCUAAACAACGCGGUGGCUCUGGACUUCGACUACAGAGAGCAGAUGAUCUACUGGACGGACGUCACCACACAGGGAAGCAUGAUCCGGAGAAUGUACAUGAACGGCAGCGACGUGCAGGUCUUGCACAGGACGUCCCUCAGUAACCCGGAUGGGCUGGCGGUGGACUGGGUGGGGGGAAACCUGUACUGGUGCGACAAAGGCCGAGACACCAUCGAAGUGUCCAAGCUCAACGGAGCCUACCGGACUGUUCUGGUCAACUCCGGACUGAGGGAGCCCCGGGCCAUCGCUGUGGACGUGCGAUACGGGUACUUGUACUGGUCGGACUGGGGGGACAUCCCGCACAUCGGCAGGAUCGGGAUGGACGGCAGCAACAGGAGCGUCAUCAUCGAGGAUAAGAUCACGUGGCCCAACGGCCUCACGCUGGACUUCAUCAAUGACCGCAUCUACUGGGCCGACGCCAGGGAGGACUACAUCGCCUUCGCCAGCCUGGACGGCUCCAACAGGCACAUCGUUCUGGCUCAGGACAUCCCACACAUCUUUGCCAUGACCCUGUUUGAGGAGUUCAUCUACUGGACCGACUGGGAGACCAAGUCCAUCACCAGAGCUCACAAAACACAAGGCACCAACAAGAGCACCCUGAUCAGCACCCUGCACCGGCCCAUGGACGUGCACAUCUACCACGCCAGCAGGCAGCCUGAAGUGGAAGGGCAUCCGUGUCAGACCAAUAAUGGCGGCUGCAGUAACCUGUGCCUGAUCUCCCCUGGAGGCGGCUACAAGUGCGCCUGUCCCACCAACUUCUACCUGGCUGCAGACAACAAGCACUGCCUCUCCAACUGCACGGCCAGCCAGUUCGUUUGUAAAAAUGACAAGUGCAUCCCUUUCUGGUGGAAAUGUGACACCGAGGACGACUGUGGAGACAGAUCUGACGAGCCCGCAGACUGCCCUGAGUUUAAGUGCAGACCGGGACAGUUCCAGUGCGGUACCGGCAUCUGCACAAACCCGGCUUACAUCUGCGACGGUGACAACGACUGUCAGGACAACUCUGAUGAGGCCAACUGUGACAUCCACGUGUGUCUGCCCUCUCAGUUCAAGUGCAGCCACCCCAGCCGCUGCAUCCCGGGGAUCUUCCGCUGCAACGGCCAGGACAACUGUGGCGACGGAGAGGACGAGAAGGACUGUCCGGAGGUGACGUGUGCUCCAAACCAGUUCCAGUGCGCCAUCACCAAACGCUGCAUCCCCCGAGUCUGGAUCUGUGACCGCGACAACGACUGCGUGGACGGAUCCGACGAGCCGGCCAACUGCACUCAGAUGACGUGUGGAGUGGACGAGUUCCGCUGUAAAGACUCGGGUCGCUGUAUCCCGGCGCGAUGGAAGUGUGACGGGGAAGACGACUGUGGAGACGCCUCCGACGAGCCCAAAGAGGAGUGUGACGAGAGGACGUGUGAGCCGUACCAGUUCCGGUGCAAGAACAACCGCUGUGUCCCCGGGCGCUGGAGAUGUGACUACGACAACGACUGUGGAGACAACUCUGACGAAGACAAAUGCGUGCCUCGCAAGUGUUCGGAGAGCGAGUUUUCCUGCACCAACGGGCGCUGUAUCGCCGGCCGCUGGAAAUGCGACGGAGACCACGACUGCUCAGACGGAUCGGAUGAAAAUGGCUGUGAUCUGAAGUGUGACAGUGACCAGUAUCAGUGCAAAAGCGGACACUGCAUUCCCAUUCGCUGGAGGUGCGACGCCGACACGGACUGUCUGGACGGCAGCGAUGAGCAGCACUGCGACCGCGGAGUGGGCCGACACUGCCCCCUGGAGGAGUUCCAGUGCAACAACACGCUGUGCAAACCUCUGGGCUGGAAGUGUGACGGGGAAGACGACUGCGGAGACAACUCAGACGAGAGCCCCAAAGAGUGUGUGCGGUUCCAGUGCCCGCCCACUCGUCAGUUCCGUUGCCAUAACGACCGUGUGUGUUUGUCUUUGUCCAAACGUUGUGAUGGAGUCAACAACUGUGGAGACAACAGCGACGAACUCAACUGCUUGCCCCCGUCGCCGCCCGUCUGCCACAAGGAUGAGUUCCGGUGCUCGAGUGGCCGCUGCAUCAGUCUGAACCUGCGCUGCGACGGCUUCAACGACUGUGAGGACUACGGCUCCGACGAGAGCGGCUGCAACAAGAGAGACGGCGCCCUGAGUGAUUGUCGUGCCUCCAGCUCUUCGUGCGGAGACGGAGACGAGGCGCACUGCGUGGUCAACGGCACCGACUCCUUCUGCUCCUGCAAACAGGGCUUCAGCUCUGACGGACACAAGCGCUGCCAAGAUAAAAACGAGUGCAGUGAGUUCGGCGCCUGCUCCCACAUCUGCAACAACACAAAAGGCUCGCACAAGUGCAUCUGCCACAAGUACUUCAGCCGCAUCAACGACACGUGCAAGGCCGACUUCCCGCGUCAGGUUUUGUACAUCGCAGACGAUAACGAGAUCCGCAGCCUGGACCCUGGCGUGCCGAGCUGGAGGUAUGAGCAGAUCUUCCAGGGAGACGCCAACGUGCGCAUCAACGCCAUGGACGUCCACAUCAAGACGAACAAAGUGUACUGGACCAACUGGCACACGGGCCGCAUCUCCUCCUACGAGCUCAACCCCAGCCUCUUCUCCCCCAACGGCAACAACCGCAACCGCCGCCAGACCGAGUCCCGGCUCUCGCAUGUUGAGAUUCCAGACCUGAAGAUGCCUCGUGGGAUCGCCGUGGACUGGGUGGCCGGUAACCUGUACUGGACCGACUCUGGACGCGACGUGAUCGAGGUGGCCCAGCUGAGCGGAGGACGCCAUCGCAAAACCCUGAUCUCCGGCAUGAUCGACGAGCCGUACGCCAUCGUGGUCGACCCGCACAGAGGGAAAAUGUACUGGGCCGACUGGGGAAACCAUCCGAAGAUCGAAACAGCAGCGAUGGACGGCACCAUGAGGGAGACGUUGGUGGAGAAGAACAUUCAGUGGCCCACAGGUUUGGCUGUGGACUACUUUAACGAGCGUCUGUACUGGGCCGACGCCAAACUCUCGGUGAUCGGAAGCAUCCGCCUCAACGGCAGCGACGCGGUGGUGGCCGUCAGCAGCAUCAACAACAAAAUGCACCAGCCGUUCAGCAUCGACGUGUUCGAGGAUUACAUCUACGGCGUCACCUACAUCAACAACUACGUGUUCAGGGUGAAUAAAUUUGGCAGAGGUCCGGUGGAAAACCUGACCACCGGAAUGAACCACGCCACGGAUCUGGUGCUGUACCACCGCAACAAGCAGCCCGAGAUGACAAACCCGUGCGACAGGAAGAAGUGUGAGUGGCUGUGUUUGCUGAGUCCCAGUGGACCGGUCUGCACGUGUCCAAACGGGCGGUACCUGGACAACGGCACCUGUGUGGAGCUGCCCCCACCCACCCUCUCCCCCAUUUCUCCCCCUAGUGGCCCGUGCCUGGUGCAGUGUCUGAACGGAGGCACCUGCUUCCUGAACGCCCACAAACAGCCCAAGUGCCGCUGCCAGCCCAACUACGGAGGAGACCGCUGCGAAGUGGACCAGUGCCGAGACUACUGCCGCAACGGAGGCACCUGCACGCCAUCGCCUACAGGCUCGCCCACGUGCCGCUGUCGGACCGGCUUCACUGGCCCCACAUGCAACCUGCGCACCUGCAGCGGCUACUGCCAGAACGGAGGCACUUGUUCUGUGAGUGCGGGGAACCAGCCGACCUGCACCUGCCCCGCCGAGCGCCUCGGGGACCAGUGCCAGUACAGCAGCUGCGAGGGCCACUGUGAGAACCGCGGCACGUGUCUGCAGAGCGCCGACGGCUCGCGCAUGUGCCGCUGUCUGCCGCAGUUCAGCGGAGGACAGUGCGAAGUCGACAGGUGCCACUACUGCAGAGACGGCCGCUGCGUCACCAACAACGGCUUUGGGUCCAUGCCCGAGUUCACCUGCAUCUGCUCCAACGGUCGAGUGCAGCCCAGCUGUUACACCUGCGACACUAACGAGUACUGCGCUAACGGACAGUGCUCUAUCAACCCCCUCAGCCACCUCCCCGAGUGCAGAUGUUCCGCGGGUUGGACCGGACACCGCUGUGCAGUGCUGGCCCCUAGUGGUGAACCAGGAACAGGAGGACGCACCGCAUCCAUCGUGGUCCCAGUGCUGCUUCUGCUGCUGUUGCUGCUAGCUGUGGGUGCGAUGCUGUGGUACCGGCGCCGCAUGAGAGGGGCCAAAGGCUUCCAGCACCAGAGAAUGACCAACGGAGCCAUGAACGUGGAGAUCGGGAACCCGGCGUACAAGAUCUACGAGGGCGAGCCGGAGGACGACGCCGGGGAGCUGCUGGACGCCGACUUCACGCUCGACCCAGAUAAGCCCACAAACUUCACAAACCCGGUGUACGCCACGCUGUACAUGGGCGCGCACAACAGCCGGAACUCUCUGGCCAGUACGGACGAGAAGAAGGAGCUGCUGUGCCGUGGAGACGAGGAGCCUCUGGUCGACCCGCUCACAUAG